CCGCGCGUCACUGACGGAAGCGGGGCUAGUGCUGUGUCCCUCGCUGCUUUCCGUAGGGUUCCAUACUUCAGAGAACAAGGCCCCGGCGCCUGAUUUAAGGUCGUCAUGUCUAUGUCACACCUGUACGGGAAAGAUGAAGACAGCGAUGGCGUGGAGAUGGAGAGCUUCCAGAUCACCGACUGGGACCUGCAGAACGAGUUCAAUCCGAACCGCCGGAAGCAUUUUCAGACCAAGGAUGAAGCCAUUUACGGCAUGUGGGCCGAGCGAGACUCUGACGAAGAGAGGCCAAGCUUUGGUGGCAAGAAGUCCCGUGACUACUCUGCACCAGUAAAUUUCAUUAGUGCUGGGAUUCGCAAGCCCGCAGGAGAAGAGAAAUCCGAUAGCGACUCUGAGAAUGAAACGGCACCAAAAGUGGAGGAAUUCCAGCCAAAGAAGCUGAGAACGGGUGGGAAUUUUAAGCCGGCACAGAAAACGUUUGCUGGAGGAAUCAAGUCCAAUGCAGAUUUAGGCUCCUGGGAGAGACACACCAAGGGAAUUGGUCAGAAGCUCCUGCAGAAGAUGGGUUACGUCCCUGGGAAAGGUUUGGGAAAGAACUGUCAGGGUAUCAUUGCUCCUAUUGAGGCCAAGCAAAGGAAAGGCAAAGGAGCAGUGGGUGCCUACGGCUCAGAAAGAACCAAGCAGUCAUUGCAGGAUUUCCCUACGGUGGAUUCGGAAGAAGAGGAGGAAAAGGAAUUUCGGAAAGAAUUGAGUCAAUGGAGAAAGGACCCCGGUGGAGGCAAGAAGAAGCCCAAGUAUGCCUAUAAGACGGUGGAGGAGCUCAAGGCCAAGGGGAUUGGCGGGAAAGCAAUGACUGCUCCCCAGAAGGAAAUAUCACAAGUCAAGGUAAUUGAUAUGACCGGACGAGAGCAGAAAGUCUAUUACAGCUACAGCCAGAUCGCCCACAAACACAACAUCCCCGGAGAGACACCCACAGUAGAGAAAGAGGAGAAGCCUCAGGGGUUUGUCCUGCCCGAACUAGAGCACAAUCUGCAGCUCCUGAUCGAGAUGACGGAGCAGGAGAUCAUCCAAAAUGACCGACAGCUGCAGUACGAGAGGGACAUGGUUGUGAAUCUCACCCACGAGCUGGAAAAACUCUCUGAAGUGUUAUCCAGGGAGGACAAAGCCAUUUAUAACCUGAGCCAGGUCCUGAAGACGGUGGAGGAAUGUGAGGAGAGGAUGCAGCCGGGCUGUGACAAUCCCCUGACGCUGGAGGAGUGCGCACGCAUAUUCCAGAUGCUUCAGGACAAGUAUUACGAAGAAUACAAAAUGUCAGAGAAGACAGACCUGGCAGUGGCUAUCGUCUACCCCCUGAUGAAAGAAUACUUCAAAGACUGGAACCCCUUAAGGGACCCCGGGUACGGUAUUGAUAUCAUGACCAAGUGGAAGAAUCUCCUGGAAGAAGGACAUUUGUCCCACAGCGCACAGGAUGCAGCAAUGGACACAUAUCACAGACUGCUUUGGGACAUGUUUGUUCCAUUCUUGAGAAAUAUCAUCUCACAGUGGCAACCUCGAAAUUGUGCGCCCAUGGUGGACUUCUUGGAUAGCUGGGUCCACUUGUUGCCAGUCUGGAUUCUGGAUAACAUACUGGACCAACUCAUUUUUCCCAAAUUACAGAAGGAGGUGGAGAAUUGGAACCCGCUGACGGACACUGUACCAAUACAUUCAUGGAUCCACCCGUGGCUUCCGUUAAUGCAAUGUCGUCUAGAGCCGCUCUUCUCUCCAGUCAGAAACAAGCUAGCCAAUGCCCUCCAGAAGUGGCACCCCAGUGACUCUUCAGCCAAGCUGAUCCUGCAGCCCUGGAAAGAGGUUUUCACUCCUGGAUCCUGGGAAGCCUUUAUGGUGAAAAACAUUGUGCCCAAGUUGGGUAUGUGUGUUGGAGAGUUUAUCAUUAAUCCGCACCAGCAGCACAUGGACGUGUUCCACUGGCUGUUGGAUUGGGAAGGAAUGGUCUCUUUAUCAAGCCUUGUAGGACUCUUGGAGAAGCAUUUCUUUCCAAAGUGGCUGCAGGUUUUAUGCUCCUGGCUCAGUAAUAAUCCAAACUAUGAGGAGAUAACAAAGUGGUAUCUUGGCUGGAAGUCCAUGUUCUCAGACCAGAUUUUAGCCCAUCCGGGAAUCAAGGACAGAUUUAAUGAAGCCUUGGACAUAAUGAAUAGAGCCGUAUCCUCUAAUGUUGGUGCCUACAUGCAGCCUGGUGCCCGGGAGAGCAUAGCCUACCUAACCCAGACAGAGAGAAGGAAAGACUUCCAGUACGAAGCCAUGCAGGAGCGGCGUGAAGCAGAAAGCAUUGCACAGAGAGGCAUUGGAGUUGCUUCCGUACCCAUGAACUUCAAGGACUUGAUCCAGACUAAAGCCGAGGAACAUAACAUCGUCUUUAUGCCUCUUAUCGGCAAACGGCAUGAAGGAAAGCAGCUCUACAACUUCAACCGCAUCGUCAUCUACAUAGACAGAGGGGUUGUGUACGUGCAGGGAGAGAAGACCUGGGUGCCCACCUCUCUGCAGAGCCUGAUAGACAUGGCCAAGUAGGGGACAUUGUGAGUGGGCAGCUCAUUGAGACGUUGUAUAUACAUGUCGAAUGGUUUUCUACACAAUCCAGCACACUGGAUGAGCGACCGUGAAUGGAUGCAUCACUUUGUACUGCCAUGAACUCUUCUUUAUGUGGCGUUUAUCACACUGUUUAAUUACAUCCAUUAUGAUGUGUCCUGCAUACAGAUGGCAGACCGCUCUACCGAAAGAGACCUCCUCCGUUUGUAUAAAUUAAAUAUGACCAUUGCCAUUUCA